CAAUAAUUAAGCUUUGUUAGCGAUACAAAAUUAAUAGUAACUCAAGCAUGGCCAAUUGAUACCAUCGCAAAUAUUAUUUAGCAAUAGCGUACACAAACGAAUAACUUUUAACAGAUAUAGUUUAAAUUGGAUUAUCCAUUAGAUUGAAAGAAAAAAAAAUGGCGAGCAACAAGAAAAAACUUGAUGAAACAGCGAUGGAUAAAGAAAUACGGGAGUUGUUCCGACUGUUUGACACUAAUAAUGACCGAUCCAUAUCAGUGCAGGAGUUGGGCAAGGCGAUGAGGUUUCUUGGAAUGUCGCCCACACAACAAGAGAUAGCUGACGCCAUGAGGGCACUGGACACAAAUAGAAAUGGCAGGAUCGAGUUUAAGGAGUUCCACGCAUUAAUGCAAGCAGAAAUGGCCAAGCUGAAUGAAUCAGAUAUCACCAAUAACCAAGAAACAGUACGCUCAGCAUUCCGAUUAUUUGACAAAGAUGGGAAUGGAUACAUAGACCAGAAAGAAUUAAGAGUGGCAAUGAAGAAGCUUGGUGAAGCAUUGACGGACAAGGAGCUGGAAGAUAUGAUGAAACAAGCUGAUGUCGAUGGAGACGGACAAAUCAACUACGAAGAGUUCGUUAAGAUAUGGUGUGAGGCAACAUGAGCAUCACCUUUUAUACACCAGUGUUAUAAAAUGGACUAGCAGUAUGCACCCACGCAUCCCUCUGUAUAUACGUUGACUUUUAAUUGAAUAUGUUUAUAUUUGAAUAAAUCAUAUGGUUCACUUUUAAA